CAGGGACGUUUACGAUGAGGGCCCCAACGACCUUGAGAGGAGCUCGUACCACCUCAGUCCAACCGGUGAAGUAGGGACAGUUUAAGUGGCACCUCACCACGGGAAACUUGUCCACUCGUCCUAGGUAGUCAGCAAGUGAGGCCUUCGGACAACUCUCAACAUCCACAUCAGGUAGUAAGUCUUCAAAGGUGAUUACACAGGAACAGCCAAUAUCCCUGAUGAUGUUGGAGUUCCAAGAUCCAUUAACAGUGCCUGAAACGGAAAAUUUCAGGACACUUUUGUCACAUAGGCAAAAGCCUACCUUAUGUGACGAGAUAGCAGGUUCAACAUCUUUGAAGGCGCAGGGAUUCUUUGGGCAGCACGGACGUAGAUGGCCUUCCUCCCUGCAUUGGUGACACCUCAGGGUUGCUGUACUAGGCUGGGCCGAGGUCUUGGCGGAGGCUCCUUAAGAGGACUCUGAAGAUUUCGCGGGCAAAGCAGCCUUAGAAGAGUCUUGGGAACUAGGAGAGGAAGCUUUUGGAUAGGCAUUGCGGGCAGACAACCAGUCGUCGGCAAGUCUCACUGCGUCGGGAAGAUCUUUCGGCCAGCAAUCCUUGAUGAAGAUCCUCAAAUCUGGGGUAAGAUUAGUCAUGAAUUGAUCAAGUAGCAUAAACUCCCGGAGCGCUUCAUAAGUGCAGAGGACAUCAGAGGCUUCCAACCAUGCCUGGAACAACCGAGUCAGAUGGAUGGAGAACUGCUGGUAGCUCUCCCCAACUCUAAUCCUUGCGUGACAGAAGUCCUGACGGUAGUUGUUGGCAGUCUUGCUAAAUCCAGUGAGGAGAGCCUUCUUCAAGAGAGCGUAAUCUUCGGUUAUUUCAGCUGACAAGGUAGUAUACAAUUCAGUGGCCUUACCCGUAAGGAGACAACCCAACCUCGCAGCGUAGCUAUCCUUGUCGAUCCGCAAUAGUUCAGCCACCCUUUCAAAGCGGACAAGGUAGUUGAUGUCUUCUCCCUCCUGGUAGCUGGGCAACUCAGGUCCUCUGACAUUCUCACAGGAAGGAGGAGCCAUUUUCCCCUGGACGACGACACAGGAGAGUUCUAUCUCUUUUCCUACUUGCAGCUUCGCCAGUUGGAACUCCAUCUCGGCAGCUCUUCUUUCUCCCUCUUGGCCAGGAGGCACUUCUCUUCUCUCUCAACUAGGAGACGUUUUUCCUCUCUCUUGGCAGCUCGCUCGUCCCUCUCGAUUGCUUGUUGUUGGACAACGUAGCGGCCGAGAUCCUCACCCUUAAGACCCAAGGCUUCAGCCUGAGCCUUAAGUACAUCAAAACUGGACAUGAUUACAAGCAAAUAAAAUUAACCCAAUAGACAAUGACACCAAUAAAGAACAAUAAAGAAAAAUACCAAUUAGAAGUACAUGAAACCAGACAAAGAACAAAAACCCAACAACAAAAACAAGACCAAGAAAAUGCAACACAGAACCAAACAAACAGGAAGAACCAAAACACAAUAAGAAAACAAUGAAAUAAGAUUAGCAAAAACCCUGCAAAAAGGGUAAUAAUUGGCGUAGAAGCCCACCCAAUACUCAAAGAGUGAUUGGGUAACAAGGUCAGCACAAGGGCUGAAAAAGUGCUAUGGCAGCACCAACAAAUCCCACCGUGGGCAUGCAACAGCCACAAAAGAACGGUGAAGGAUGGAACACUCACUUCCAGGCCACAGACAGCAAGUGGCGCGCAAAGGCGACUUAACAACCCAACCCUUCCGAUUAGCAGUUGAUCCAAUCCUGGCGAGGUCGCCACAUGUCAAGGUUUCAGAGUUGGGUGCUUUAAUCGGAAGGGGAUAACAAGGAACAAGAUAAAUGGUUAGACACCAAUUUACUUUAAAUAAAGUAAUGAAACCAACAACAACCCUCACAAAAACUGAAGUCUCCAACACGAAGGCUUCAGCACGCCAGACUCAGAAAUGAUCCUUUUGCACAGCUUCUUCCUCUUCUGGGCGUCCCGUCCUCUGAGUGGUAAUGACGAGGCAGCACAGCUUCGUCCUUGAAGUGGUGUAGAUGUGGUAGAUGAGGGAGGCACAGGAGAAGAAGGGGCGUCAGGUUCACAGCAGUAACGGGAGUCCAAUGCAUGGAGAGGAGAGAGGUGAGGAACCCAGAACCAGCCCACAGUUCUAAGGAAACCCGAGUCAGAGCAGAGCUGGAGCCGGAGCAGAAUCAAGUGUUCAAAACGAGGCCCGGCUGCUGUCUGACGAGGAAGGCACUGGCUGCCUACCAAGUCACCUCCCACAGUGGGUUGAGAAGCCUCGGUGGUUCGUACGAAUGAGGCAUCGAGCAGCUUCAUAUGAACGGGCAGCGGGAGUGUAGCAGGUCGUUGCGGCGCCUUGGUAGUUGUUCGCGGCAUCGAACGGCACGAUGCGGGCGGGCGGCAGGAGUGCCCCGGUCGUUCGCCUGAUAAGUUGGUAGUUGCUCUCACAUAUGAUUGCGCAAAACUUUUAAUGUCCAUAUCUUGAAACUAUGUUUUUCGUAACUCAAAAAAUUGACGAGAAGCCACCGUUACUCAUUUUAACUUAAAAUCUUGGCAACAAGUUGGUGAUAUGGAAAUGAAUGAAUGGUCACCCUCAGAAUUCCCAGUUUGUGAAGAACAAAAGAAAUAUGAAGGCAAACAGUGCGGGAAGCAGGCAAAAUUCUGGCGUUGUGACAUGAUGAAAAGACAGAACAACAUUACUUAACGAAAAGGUGGUUUGGAAAAACUGAGGGUGACCAUUGAUUUAUAAAUCUGCAAACUAUUUACAGCCCAUUAUUGAAAUGGCUCAAGCUAAUAUAUAAUGUAGCCAUUACAAGCCUUAGAGUAAUAGUAACAAUGAAUGACAUCACACAUCAUGACGUCAUGAUGUAGAACGUUCAUAGUCAUACGAAAGAAGGAGAAUGUUACUAGGUAUGUAACUGUAGUGUUUCAACCUAAAAUUCGCGAUACUUAUUUUUAACAUUUUUUUUCCUUUUUACCAGAGUAUCACCUAAAGUAAUAUUUCAAUGACUACAUAUUUUAAAGAAGUUUAAGUAAAGUAUAGUACAAUUUAGAGUACUUUCAAUUGGUGAAUAAUUCUACCAAUGAUAUUUUGUGCUGCUUUCAGGGACAAUUUGUGAAAAAUUGCUCUAAGUGUUUAUUUGUGGGUCUAGAGCAGUGCUACUCAACUGGUGGCCCGCUGUCCGAAUCCAAACCUUCUGAGUGUUGUAGCUGGACCCCAGGCUCAAGGGGAAGAAAAACAUAAUUAAAUAACAUGAAGGUCCUGGCAAUGGAUAAUUGCAAGUUGAUUUCCUUGACUGACUGUAGGGCCUAUAGUCAGUCGAGGAAAUACACAUGCAAGAAUCCAUCGACAGGACUUUCAUGUUAUUUAAUUAUAUUUUUAUCGGUGUCACAGACGCCGAUCAACAGAUUGUCCAUCUUCUUGUUCUCUUCAAGCUGUUUUCCUAGCUUACCCAUGCAUUGUAGACAUGACAUUGUAUAAUAACAUUUGUUAGCCUUGAUGAACUCUACAACAUGGCAUUACAGUUUUUUUUUAUUUUUUUUUUAACGUCUUGGCCUGUGGUGCUGGUAGGUCUUCAUAGUAGGGCCAGAUGGCCCUGACGGCCCCAGCCCGUUGUGGUGCAGGCAAGUGUUUACAGUGGCGCCAUCUUUACUUUUCAGCAUUUUUCAUUUUAGACCCCUAGUUCUGUAGCAGUCACCGUUAAUCCAUAGAGUACGGGUGGUGAUAUAUUUCUUUGGAUGCUGUGCACGGGGAAAAUUUAGGCAUUUAAAAGAGGUGGAAAUGGUGUCUUUCUUCUUUGCAAUAAUUGUAUAUUCAUCUAGUAUAUAUAUGGGUGUGUAAUAAAACUUCUCUCCUAAUAAUAAUACAAAAGUCAUGACUGCCGAAAAUAUUGCGCAUUUUCUCGUGGCUGUGACGCGUCGGCGUGGAAGCACCCCACUUGCUCUCUCUCUCUCUCUCUCUCUCUCUCUCUCUACUUGCCCCUCCCUCCUCUGUCAAUGUCACUACCGUACAAGUCAUCAGAGUCACUGUCACUUUGAUUCGCCCGCGCUCUACUUCUGCCCGGAGCAGAGGAGCUACUUGACACGUCACGAGACAUGACAGAUGUAUUCCGAACAAAAGUGGAAAAUGAUCUGUGACCUUCGGUAGGCUGCACGCUGGAGACGAAUGAGAGUGUGUACAGAUGCCAGAUGCCUCCACCAUUCUUCUGAGUCAAGGAACUGGCGGUAUAUUUGAAACGUAGGGAGCGUAGAGUGUGAUGAUAAUACAGUCGUCCCUCACAUAGUACAGUUUCCAAUAGUACGGUUUCGGUUUUAUACGGAUUGUCAUAAAUUUUAUUUUUAGGAUUUUUAAAUUUCCCGCUCGUCGCACCAAAUAGCAAUGACGUGAAUGGCAACACUGUUCUACCCAUGGAAGUAGAAUUGGUGGAGUCGACAUCAGCCCAAUUAAGUGAAUCCACCAAACUGUCAUUUUUAGGGCCGCAAGAUUGUGGAAACCUGCCAGGUGUCAGGUGUCGUCAGGUCAGGCUCCCCCUUAAUGGGUUCGGCCAGGCUUUUCUCACCCGUGUAUCCCUCAUCUUCCGGCCCUAAAAAUGACAGUUCGGCGGCUUUACCUCAAUGAAUGGGAUUAUCACCCCAGACUGCCACCCAUGCGCAUCUCCUCAGUCCAUGUGUGUGCACAUCAGGAAUAAUGUUUUGCCAGAUUGAAACGUAUGCGCUUUCCUUAAGUCCGUGUGUGUACACAGCCUCAAAUAUGCUUCUCCAUUACCAUAUAACAUGAAUAUGGGACCCAAGAGACAAACUAAAACACUUGCUGUAAGCACCCCAAGGCGUUCGAGAAAGCUGUUCACCUUGCAGAAGAAUUCAAAUUUAGAAGCUACGUUUUGGUAAGAGUUAAGUUGCGGUAGAGAGAGCAUACCACUUGAAUCCAAGUCCCACCUGGCUCAGCUUCUACUCGCCGGCCAAAGUUGCCAGUUAUGCAUUUUCUGCCGUAGUGUUACCACGCUGGGCAACGGAGCCAUCCUGGCAGCGCUCCCUUCCACAUUGUCAGCGAGCAGACCUUGUCUUACUCUCUACCAUAGUCUCUAUUGCUGUCUAAAUCAUACUUGAAAUAAGAUAUGAAACGGUAAUUGUGGAGAUUGACUCCGCACCUCCAAAUACGGCAUUACGCCUCCCUCUUAUAUAUGUAGUUAAGGGACGCAUAUUUAAACUACUCCAACCGAACUUUAAAUAACCUUACCUCUAAUGGGGGGGGCUUCGCCCACCUCAAUCCCCCCAGCGUGGUAACAAUGCACUGUGACUGCAGCAGAAAAUGCAUAACUGGCAACUGAGCCAGGCAGGAGCUAGAUUCCAGAGGAGUGCCCAGGAGUGUUUCUAGGGGGGGCACUAAUUUUAUACGGAUUUUCGAAUAGUAUGGGGGUCCUGGGUCCCUAACCCCCGUACUAUUUGAGGGACGGCUGUAUAUAUGAUCCCCGUAUGGGUGGGGCGUGUGGUAGCGCACUUAUAUAUAUAUAUACAAUCGACGUAAUCUAAGGGUUAAGGUCGUGCGCACUUCCUCCCCAGUGACUCAUAAGAAAAUGGGUGUGGCAGCACAAACUAAUGUUUUGAUGUCCUUUUCUCCAGUGCCGUCUAUGUAUUUUCAUCAUCGCUGUGUCGUCUCCCUGUCUGUCGUGUUGCAUCUUCAAUGUAAACUUCUCUUGUUACUCGUUUAUCUUCCACUGUCUGUCCUCGUCCUCCUAUUGUUAACCCUUAGACUGCGCCAGACAUCUUAAGAUGCUAUGAGUUAGACUGCGCCAGACAUCUUAAGAUGACGCAUGUUCCAAGGUGGAUAUUUAUAUUUCCCGCAAUGCCAAAGUAUAUUCCAAUGAACCUCGUGUGGCAACAUCAUCCCUCUUUCACACCAUGUAGUCACCAUCGUCAUAUUAGUUGCUCUUUAGCAGUCAUGGAGAGUAGAAGUAUGUCAUCUACUGAUGCUAACCAGCCCCAUAGCUCCUGCGGUCAUGACUGUUGGGGAGACAUGGGAGGUGGUAAAAAGAAAGUAUUGGUAAAGAGAAAGAUUGUAGUAGGCAAAUCUGAAAGUGACAGUGAUUCGGAUUGUAUUCAGCCAUCAGAUUCAGCUGGUCUGAGGAAGCGUGGCAAGCGUAAGCAUGCUUCUGGCCCUCAAGGUCACAGACCAGGCAGCCUACUCAGUCACUGACACCAACAAAAUUUUUACCAAUGCUAGUAGACCCUGAUGAAUCACUGUCAUCUCUGUCUGAUGAUCCAGAGUGGCAGAAAGAUGAGGAAAAUGACAGUGGGGGUAUAGGAGAAGACUCAGCUAAUGAACUGAGUGAGGGAGGGGUGUCAGCUGGGAUGGGAGAGGAGGGGGAGGCAGAGGGAGACGCAAGACAACGCGUACUCCAUUCAUCUGGUCUGAUGAAUCAGACUUUGUGCCAGACAUUCAUAACUUUGACAGAAAUAUUGCUGGUGUGACUAAUGACUGGCCUCUUGAUAAUGAUGCACAAUAGGUUGAUUAUUUUGAAACAUACACUGAUGACCAGGUAAUGCAGCUUGUUGUGUCACAAACAAACAACCAUUACAAAUACACUAUGGAGCACGCUACAUUCACCCCAAAAUCACGGGUUUAUCGCUGGUCUGACACAAACAUAGAAGAAAUGUAUGGUUUUUUUUGCUCUGUUACUGCUGAUGCCACAUAUAAAAAAAACAUGUACUGAGUGAUUAUUGGAAAAUUGAUGCCUUGAUUCCAACACCAAUUUUGGGGAAAUUCAUGAGAAGAGACAGAUUCCUUUUAUUGAUAAGGUUUCUACAUUUCCAUGACAAUAACGAACGUGAUGAAAAUGAUCAUUUGUGGAAAGUUAGAAGAGUAUUUACCAUGAAUACUAAGAAGUACAGACAAUUCUUUUAUCCUUUUUGCAAGGUUGUUAUAGAUGAAACCCUGGUGUUGUUCAAGGGGAGACUUAUAUUCAAACAGUAUAUACCUUCAAAAAGGCAUAGGUUCAGUAUCAAAUUCUUUAUCCUUUGUGACUGCGAAACAGGGAUAGUUUUAGAUGCAAUAGUGUAUACUGGCACCCCUGUUGACAUUCCACAAGGUGACCCUUUGGGAGUAUCUGGCGCAGUUGUGAAGAAAAUGAUGGAAAGGUACAUUGGUAAGGGACAUAUCCUAUAUACCGAUAACUGGUACACUAGCCCUAGUCUGUGUCAGUAUUUACUGGAAAAUAUGACUGGGUCAUGUGGCACAGUACGUAAGAACAGGAAACAUAUGCCAAAAUCUGAAGCACGAUCUGUUCCUGGUAAUGUGGAACUGCAAAAGAGUGGAAAAGUCCUGGCCGUAAAUUGGCAUGACAAACGUGACGUGACCAUGCUCACCACUGUUCAUCAAGGACACAUGCAGGACACUGACAAGGAAGGCCACAGGACACAUGAAAGAAUUAGAAAGCCAGAUGCUGUCAUUGAUUACAACGGGAAUAUGCGCCUAGUCGACAAAAGUGACUGUAAGCUUGCUGGUAUUGAAUGCAUGAGGAAAUGUGUCAAAUGGUACCAUAAGCUAUUCUUUCAUGUUGUUGAUGUUACAAUGCUGAAUGCAUAUAACAUGUACUUAGUCAAGACUGGAAAAAAAAAAAAAAAGUUUUCUUACAAUGUAGCCAACCAGCUCGAGGACGACGUCAGUCACAUGGUCCUGACAGACUCCUGUGUAAGGACUACCUCACCAGACACAAGUAGGAAUAUUUACCAGACACAGAAAAAGGACGCAAACAACAGAGACGGUGUCAUGUAUGUACCUCUACAAACAAACGUGAGAGGUCAAGAAAAAUGGUGGUGACUAUGUGCGCAGAAUGUCAAGUACCAAUGUGUGCUGUACCCUGUUUCACUGAGUAUCACACACUGAAAGAAUACUGAAAAGCACAGUGUAAGGUAGACUGUAAAUAGUUUAGGGUAAGGGAAAAUAAAAUAGGUGAUCUGAAAGGUGAAUGUUCUUAAAAAAUAAUACAAGCAAAUGUUACAGGAAAUUGACAAAGUGAUGUUUCCUGUGAUUUACUUCGUAUGUUGUAACUGGAAUGAAUAAUCAGUUUUAAGAUAAUGUUCAGACGUGACUGUGCCGUGUGUCAUCUUCCCUUUGCCACCAUCCUGUAUACCCCUUCACUACCAGCGCUCCCAAGGUCGCCCCAUAUCCGCGACCUUUAUCCAGCCAUCAUUGUCACAUUAGGAGAAUUAUUAUUUUUUUUUUUUUUUUACACUAUUUGGUGCUCAACAUGUCCCUCUUGGAUGUUGUUAUACUAAAAAUUGUUUACCAGCAGGUUAAUUUUUUGCCAUUUAUUGCGCACCCAGGAGCUAUUCCCGAAUCUCAAUUGCCCAGCUUAUGGAUUAAAUUAUACAUAUUGUUCCACAUUUACACCAAUACUCCAAUGUCAUUCACACUACACUACAUCUUCACAAACACAUAUACACUCAACCACCUCUUUUAUGUGUCUUGUCCAUGUCAAUGACCUGUGUGAUUUUUGUCAAUAAAGUAACCCUGACGGAUAUUGCCUUUCUCUAUCCGUGAACCAAUUAGCAUUUAGAACACUCACUACGGUCAACAGUUCCAUAAUAUAUAUUGUUGGGGGGGUGUUGGAGGGUCAUGCAAUGCCGAUCUAGCACAAUUUUUGUGCUAUCAACACUUGUUCUACUCCUGGAGCUUUGGGUCCAGCUACAAUACUUAUCUGGACCUCUGCAUACAAUUGAACUUGGUUAACUGGACCUUUGCUUAUAACAGUUGUGUAGCCCUGGUCUAGAGGCUUGUUUGGUGAUCAUACCAUUUGCUGUUCAUGAGAGUCCGUCUCCUAAAAAUAAGAUGGGACAGGUGUACAUAUAAAGGUUUCAUUUAAUGCAUCCUUUCAAAGAUGUUUCGUCCAUUUCUUACAUGAUUCUUAUGAGUAGUCAACGAAGUAGUUUGGUAAGGGGUACUUCGGGUUAUUAACCCGUGGGCUUCGGCUAUGGAAAAGCCGAGAAGUGGCCGAGAAACGACAAAAUUACACUGCAUUUUGAGACUAAGAAAAGAGCAUGGAACGUACAUCAGAGUACUCCUCUCAUAACCAUAAAGCCGUUAAAAACAUUUACUUUUACUCAAACUCCAUUCUUUUUGGGUGGUGUUUGCUACAAAAUAAACAGUUUCGUGACGUGUGGCAUCUAGCCAAGUCACUUGUUGUCUACUAUGGAGAAUUUGCCAAGUGAUUACUGUAUGGAUAGCUAAUGGAGUAUGCCAUGACCUUAAACCACCACCUAUGACAAAAAGCCCACAUCAAGAUCACUCAGCCACCACAAUGAUCUCGGGCAUUCACAGUGGGUUGCGCUAUGCCACCACCGCCUACAAUUAGCUCGAAUUAGGUGUUUUAUGGCGAGCCCUUUUUAGGGUCCACCGUACCACAGCCACGACUCGUGAAAGCCCGAAAAAGGGCCUGCCGACGUUCUCAGGUUAAGGGAUUAUCUUCAGUAAAUGUAAUUUCCAGCGAGUCAAUUUUGCUUUAGGCCCACAGAACCUACUGCAUGGUUACUGUAAGAAUGAAGGUGUGCAUGGUGGCAACAAGGUGCACAGUGAGCCAUGAGCACUUUGACUGGCCACAAAAGCACUUGAGAACACCAGCAGAUAGCCAAAUCUUUAACUUAAAAAUAAUCACAGGAAGUCCAGCAGAUAUUUCAAAACUAUGGAUGUUAUAUAUGCACAUGCUGAGGUUUGACUAUAUUCUCUUUAACCCUCUCGCACACCAUAAGUUUCCAAUAAGUUUCUGUUCCACACCCUCAGGCCCGACCGGACUACAUUCCCGGACGUAUUUUACC